AUGGAACUCCCCUUUCUAGGAGUCCCAACCACAAAUUGGACAUCUCUUAUUAAAGAUGGGCCAGACAGGAAUGGAUUAUGCCUUUAUGGAAAGGGAAAUACCCAGCAGGGACCCAGCUUUGAUCUGGAGGUACCUGACCCUAAAGAGGUCUUAAUUACUGGCCGUUGCUUAAAUAUUACUGAUAAUAUUUGGGGAGACAUGGAUAAUUGUAGCCUUGCAGAAAAUCUGGGAACUUUUGCUAAAGGAAAAUUAGAACGUCUUGGACUGAACUUAACUAUCAGUUUCUAUUAUAUCCAGAAACCAAAGAAGGGGCCAGAAAAGAAGGGGCAAGAACAAGACAGAAGGGAGACACAUCUCGGUCCAAGAUGCAACACAGGGCCCGGAUACUGGUGGCUCUGUGGGGAUGGCAGGGUCAGAAAGAGUUUACCCCAGAACUGGAAGGGACACUGUGUUUGGGGGUACCUUGCACCUCAGAUCAGUAUAUUCGAGGGAGCUUUGCCUCCCCGAGGGUUUUUGAGAACACCUUGGCUCCGUGUAAAACGGACUGAAAACCCACUAAUUAUUGAGGGUACUAGGUACCAUAGUUUUGUCCGAUGGCUAAUCCCCUCUUUAGGGGUAAGCGAGUUGGAGAAAGCUAUCGUGAAUAUAUCUGCUACAUUAGAGGUUAUAGAAAAAGCUACAAUUGAUGCAAUUCAAGGGCUGCAACUGGAAAUACAAUCCCUAAGUAAAGUAGUACUCCAAAAUAGAAUGGGAUUGGACAUGCUUUUAGCAAAAGAAGGGGGCUUAUGUGUAGUUAUAAACCAAACCUGCUGUACCUAUAUCAGUCAAAACCAACGAAUUGAAACAGAUCUUGAAGAGAUAUGGGAAAAGACUAGAAUACUACAUGAAGCGUCCCAAGAUGACACUUCUUGGGACUUGACAGACAUAUUAGAAAAAUUAGCCUCCUGGUUGCCAGAUUUGACAUGGUUGAAGCAAUUGUUUGUCACUAUAAUAAUCAUUAUUCUCUUGUCUGUGGUUCUUGGCAUAGUGGUUCGAUGUGGCUUUUUGUGCUGUAGAAGUACAGGAGUCUCUUACAGUGAAUGGAAAAAGAAUCAGUUACGACGAAAACUCGAGACCAACAAAUACUUUGAGAAGAUGACCAUGAAGGAACGAGCCAUUCCAGUCCUUUUUCUGGCAGUGAUGAUGGUGGCAGGCGUGGAUGGUGAAGAUCUGGAUGACAAUGUCAUGACAAAAAUGAUGGACAUCAAUAUAUCGCGAGCCCUUGAGCUCACAUGGGAGCAAUACCAGAAUGGAAUGAUGACCCACAAUGAGCAUCAAAUUCACCAGACUGCACUCCCUUUUAACUUUGGAGGCAAGAGGUGA